CAUUUCCUACCAGGACUGUGGCACUCCAUGUGAACGUUGAAGGGACGCUUUCUUCCCCGGAAGUUUGCCUUCAUUCCUCGGUGGAAGUCACGUCAGGCUGUCAACAUGUAAGAUGGCGGCUCAUCACAGGCAGAAUGCCGCUGGGCGGAGGAAAGUCCAGGUGUCGUACGUCAUACGGGACGAGGUGGAGAAGUACAAUCGGAAUGGGGUGAAUGCCCUGCAGCUGGACCCUGCCCUGAACCGGCUCUUUACCGCAGGGAGAGACUCCAUCAUCCGGAUAUGGAGCGUCAACCAGCACAGGCAAGAUCCAUACAUAGCAUCAAUGGAACACCACACGGACUGGGCCAACGACAUUGUGCUGUGUUGCAAUGGAAAGACAUUGAUAUCUGCCUCAUCAGAUACCACUGUGAAAGUCUGGAAUGCACACAAGGGAUUCUGCAUGUCUACGCUGCGAACGCACAAGGACUACGUGAAAGCCCUGGCAUAUGCAAAAGACAAGGAGCUGGUGGCCUCUGCUGGGCUGGACAGACAGAUCUUCCUAUGGGAUGUAAAUACAUUAACGGCACUGACGGCCUCGAACAACACAGUCACCACUUCCUCACUGAGUGGGAACAAGGAUUCCAUCUACAGCCUGGCUAUGAAUCAAAUGGGAACAGUAAUUGUGUCUGGGUCCACAGAAAAGGUGCUGAGAGUCUGGGACCCUCGGACCUGUGCAAAACUAAUGAAGCUGAAAGGACACACGGACAAUGUCAAAUCGUUAUUAUUAAACAGGGAUGGCACACAGUGCCUGUCGGGCAGCUCGGACGGGACCAUCCGCCUGUGGUCCCUGGGCCAGCAGCGGUGCAUCGCCACGUACCGCGUCCACGACGAGGGCGUGUGGGCCCUGCAGGCCAACGAGGCCUUCACGCACGUCUACUCCGGCGGCCGCGACCGCAAGAUCUACUGCACCGACCUGCGCAGCCCCGACAUCCGCGUGCUCAUCUGCGAGGAGAAGGCCCCUGUCCUCAAGAUGGAGCUAGACAGAUCAGCUGACCCUCCCCCGGCCAUCUGGGUCUCCACCACCAAAUCCUCUGUUAACAAGUGGUCCCUGAAGGGCAUUCACAAUUUCCGGUCAUCGGGUGAUUAUGACAACGACAACAGCGCGCCCGUGACCCCCCUGUGCUCACAGCCCGAACACGUGAUUAAAGGGGGAGCCAGCAUAAUCCAGUGCCACAUUCUGAACGACAAGAGACACAUUCUUACCAAAGAUACAAACAAGAAUGUGGCGUACUGGGACGUGCUGAAGGCGUGCAGAGGCGAAGACCUGGGAAAGGUGGAAUUUGACGAAGAGAUAAAAAAGCGCUUCAAGAUGGUCUAUGUGCCAAACUGGUUCUCUGUAGAUCUGAAAACUGGGAUGCUGACAAUCACUUUGGAUGAGAGCGACUGUUUUGCUGCCUGGGUAUCGGCCAAAGAUGCUGGGUUCAGCAGUCCAGAUGGGUCGGACCCAAAGUUGAACCUGGGCGGCCUACUGCUCCAGGCUUUGCUGGAGUUCUGGCCCAGGACACACAUCAACCCUUUGGAUGAAGAGGAGAACGAGGUCAACCAUGACAGCCCUAACAUGCUCUGUAACCACUCCGUCCUCCACAGGUUGCUGUGCCGGGACUCUGGUGGAGAGACAGAGUCCAUGCUGCUCAAUGAGACAGUUCCUCAGUGGGUGAUCGACAUCACUGUGGAUAAAAACAUGCCUAAAUUUAACAAAAUCCCAUUCUACCUCCAGCCUCACUCGUCUUCCGGAGCAAAAACACUAAAGAAGGACCGCCUCUCGGCCAGUGACAUGCUGCAGGUCCGCAAGGUGAUGGAGCACGUCUACGAGAAGAUCAUCAACCUGGACAACGAGUCGCAGACCACCAGCUCCACGGCCAAUGAGAAGCCAGGGGAGCAGGAGAAGGAGGAGGAGGUGGCCGUGCUGGCCGAGGAGAAGAUCGAGCUGCUGUGUCAGGACCAGGUCCUGGAUCCCAACAUGGACCUGCGGACGGUGAAGCACUUCAUCUGGAAGAGCGGGGGAGACCUCACUCUGCACUACAGACAGAAGUCCACGUGAGCCCCCGGGGGGGGGCGGGAGUCUCGCCGCCUCGCCCGUGUCAUCCCCCCCCCCCCGACUCCUGCCUGGACUUCAGACCUCAUCGAUCCGGCAUAGUGGAGUAGAGGGCCCACCGAUACCCUGCGUUUAGCUGCUCCUCCUCCUGCCUGCAGGAGCACCCCAACCUGCACACUGUCCCGGAGAGCCGGCCCGACCCGCGGCCCCGGAGCGUUGGGCCCCGGAGUGUUGGGCCCCGUCGCCGGCGAGAGGAACACGAGGAGAGGGCAGUCCCAAGCCGCGCACAGCGGGUGGAAUCAAUCAGACGCGGCAUCCAAGGCCACUGACCCUUUGUGUCCCACUUCUUCUCCUUUACACUUCUAAUUUAAGACCUUUUACCUUCACUGUUAUUGUUUCUUGGUGGUGGGGGGGGGCGGGGGGGGUUUGGGGGGACGGUGCCAUUUUGCUAUAUGGCAUGUCGGGUGUUCGUAUGCAUCGAUGUUCAUUUAGUGACUUGAAAGGUAAAUCUGCACGUGCUGCAUUUCUCCCCAUCACCCCCCGUACAUUGGUACAUUCCAGAAACGAGCCCCAUGUCCAGGGACACAUUACCGCCAUAUUUUCUAUUUCGGUGCUUGUAAACACUAUGAGGAGAGUGUGGACAUUGAGACAGUGGAACACAUUUUCGGUCAAGUACAUUUUGUAAGGAUAUUCUAUAACCUGACACAUACGCUUACGAUUCACUUGGAUGGCUGUUGAUCAUAAAGGCGUCUAGGCAAUGUUCUUAUUGUGCAAAAGCACUGGAUAUAUGUAGAUUGUAAAAUUCAGAGAGCUUAUCUUUUUUUUUUAUUUUACUUGGGAGAUAUUUCUUUAAACCCCGGCUGAUCUUCCUCGCCUAAGCUGUGGUCAUCUUGUGGUAGACGGGUGUGGUUUUCGUUCGCAUUCUUUUUGUAAAUUGUAUGAACAGCACCACUUUGUAGGCCAUUUGUUGAAUUUGCAUUUAAGUUAUUUACCUUCAGCAUGGUCUUUUUUUUUGUAGUCCCUUUUUUUAAAGGAAUAAUAACUGGGUAAAUGUUUUACAAUAAGUUUGUGGAAAUGGUGCAUUUCUCUUAAUCUUAGCAUGGCAGAUCAUUUCCUUUACACACAGGAGUGCCAGCCACUGACCUAUUUAGUUCAUUGGUGCCAGCCCUCGGAAACUCUAGAAAGUUCUGUGUGCAGUGAAUCCUCUAAGGAAGAAACUGCCAAUUAUCAACUAAACCAACCAUCGCAUUGUAGCUCUGUCCCAUUUUUAAAGUUCAUAUGCAAAACAACUUCAGCUGUGAUCUGUGGAUUGUCAUGCAAUAGAAUGACUAUGGCGUUUGAAUGUGCAGUGUUACAGGCUAGUUCAGCAGAAGGCAAGUCUGUUCCUGGAAAUCCACAUUUUAUUUUUGAAAAGGAACGAUUGAAAUACCGUAGUGUAAAUCAUUUGGUACGUUUGUCUUACAGGUGACUACGUUUAAAAAUCUGUACAGUAUUUUAGAGCCUCUGAGAAUCUUGGGGUUCAGUUUAUCAGGAUUUAUAAGCACUGUUUGUAGAUCCUGGCAACUGUAUUAUAUUUCAUCUUACUCUUUAAUUUGGCCCAAAAACAAACUUUUAAAGGAAGCUUAGUUGUUGUACAAGCUGUAAAUGAAGUAAAACUUGAUGGGGAAUACACAGACACCAUAUCCUAAACAGCCCUUGUAAUAUACAUCACCUCCCUGUUGGUUGUAACUAUAUGUAGUAUAUUUUGGUUUAAUAACUGCUUAAUAAAUUGACCGAUGUAAAAUAACUGAAUAAAUUAUUCUCUCAAUUGUAAA